ACAGCCAGUGGGCGACGCCUUUGUCAGUGUUUCGUUAGCAAUUGAGCAGUGAAGAUCGCGAGCUUGAGCGAAUUUAACGAAAUUUCAUAAAACAAGAGUAUCCUGUUACAUAUCUUAGUACAUUACCACUAAUCAAGCUAAAUCAUCGCAAAAUGUCUUUGGCACCAUUGCUGUUUUCUGACUGGUGGGAAACUUUGGAUCGCCCGCAUCGUCUGCCAGAUCAGAAUUUUGGAUUGGGUCUCUACCCGGAACAAUUAAUAAUGCCAAAUCGAUGGGGAUUAUAUCUACAACCACGAAAAAGGAAUACUUAUGUUAACAGACCAUGGACUGAAAUAUUCCAUAACAACGAUAGAGGCACCUCGACUGUUCAAGCAGAUAAGGACAAGUUCCAAGUCGUCCUCGAUGUUCAACAAUUUGAACCAAACGAAAUUGACGUUAAGGUUGUCGACAAGUUUGUCAUCGUUACCGCGAAACAUGAAGAGAAGCGCGAUGAACAUGGCUGGAUUUCUCGUCAAUUUGUUAGAAAAUAUCUGAUUCCGGAACAAUGUGACAUCGAUCAAGUCACAUCGCAGUUAUCGGCAGAUGGUGUCCUUAGUAUUAACGCUCCAAGAAAGGAUCAAAAAGACGUAGAAAACGAACGAGUAAUAAAGAUAGAGCAGACUGGUAAGCCAGCAAUGCAAACGAAGCCACCAAAGCAGCAACAACAGAAGCAAACUGAAAAAGAGGAGAAUUAAAAGUUCCAUUAUUAUCAUAUUCUAUUUCUAAUGGUGAAGUUCUACCAUUUAUUAUAUUUCCUAUUUAAUAUAACAAUGGUGUAUUCAUCGUUCGAUAUAAACUAUAACGAACAACAUUGUUAUACUCUUGUUGGUGCAUUUACAUUAAUUAUUAUGUGAAUAUUAAUGAAUAACAUAAAUUAUUAAUAGCUAAUUAUGUUAAUAAGUAUUGCGAGUAAAUACUUCAUUUUCGUUUCGUGAUACGCAUUAUUUUCAUAAACAUGUGAAUGUGAUACGCAUUAUCUGCAAGUAUGUAAAGUUUAUAUAUUUUUUUUUGUUAAUAAAUUUGUAAGUAAAUAGUACUAUA